CCUUCAAUCUGUUAUACAAUUGACCAUCCAAGGCUUCACACCCCUGAGCUCUGCUGGCGCUGAUUGAUCCACUCACCCGCAAUAUAAAAUCACGUGCCGACGCGUACCCUGUUACUGUUUGCCAAUUGACGCCCCACGUCUUGCCGCGACCCCGCUCUGCUGUGCGACGCGUCGCGCAAUUCGCGUCGGAUACCUGCAGGGAGCUUGAGCUUAGCCGGGUUCAUGUUUUUGAUGUCAUUCAAUCCCGACCCAGUCUACCAGAAAACAUUCCAGAAAAUCCCUAUUCCCAGACUCCAGAUCUUCCCCCGACUAGCUCUGCCUGAACUCUCCUGCCACAGGCGAAGUGCUUGGUCCGGUUGUGUUCCGUGGCUUUGCACUCCCACCAUGCCUCUCUCACAAUCCGGAAGCAAUUCGCCAAUAAUACCAGAACUAGAGCCCGCGCCAAAGCGUCGACGGCCACUUGUGACUUAUGGGAAGCGGAAGCCUGCGCCCCGAGAGACGACACCACCUCUCAAGAAGCGUCGGCUAGAAACUCCGACGGAACGAGACCCAUCUCCAGUCGACGAGAAAUCCAUAAUCGCAGCGACUUCGCCAACGCCAACACCAACACCGACGAGCCCGCCAAAAACAUCCAUCCUGAGAUACUUCAAGAAGGUCACCACCAGCCCGACUUCAGCGUCGGAACAGUCCUCAACCGUAGUGUCCGCCUCGCAAACCCCAGAUUCGACCCCAGCGGCAUCUCCUUCAAGAAUAACAACUCCGGAGUCAAGGCCAAGGAGUCGUAGGAGGUUGACCACGCGGCCCUUCGCUGGCCUCGAUGCGGCCAGCAUGCACGAUAACGAACGACGAACCGAUCACGUCCCCGAGACGAGACGACAUGCUACCGAUCCUCCGAGCGAGUCCUCGCCACAGCCGACCGCUUCCGACAGUAAUGCGCUCAGUGAUGCGUCGACGAACACAACCCAGUCAGCGUGCAACUGCAGCGACAGGCCAUGUCGCCACACCAGACGGGCACGGUCUAAGCGGGCGGGCCACAAGCCGCCCGCGGCCACGGUGCAGAUGACGCUCAACCUCUCGACGCGCGACGCCAGCAUCAAGCAGUGCAGGGAGUGCGACAUGAUGUACAACCCGCUGCACCCGAGCGACGUCAAGCAUCAUGCCAGGCACCACGCGUCGGUGGUCAAGAUGAAGGCUGCGGCGGGCUGAUGGUUGGAGCAUGGUACCCAUGCCUUUGACGGCCAUGCCUCGGCCUCGGAUAUCCCUGAGGCGUGGCGUCUUAUAUUCCUGGCCCAACAAACGACUACCGGCAUGAAAUAUCGACGAUUUGCUGCUUGGCCUUUACGCCACCUUGAUAUCGUCCACAUAGCCACAUCCGUCUUGUCUGGCUGUUAACAUUACCAAGGCUGGCGCGGCGAGGAGGCGUGGCCCGAGGGAUCCCGACGAGAUCAGGGCGUGGCUCGCUGUAAAGCAUCAUGUCGAUGUUUUAAAACCACCGCGUUUGGGUUAUUUUUUUGGUCGUUCUGACGGGCGGUUCAGGUACCUCCGAAGCCAGCGAGGGGCUUCUGCUCCCUUUGUGUAUAGCCAGAAUUCCAUAUCUGUGCCAUGCCUGUACAUACAUUUCUGGCGCUUGAUAAAUAAUCACGGUGCGGACAUACAUCAUGAAGAUCCAACUCACGAUAAGUUGACUCGAUAGAGGCGCCAUCUGGGGCGACUCCUAUCCCAAAAGCCUUUCCCAAGUCCCUACACAGCUCGCAUGCGGGGAAACCCUUUCAUCGGGGUGCCCCCCUUAUGGCAAUUCUAGACAAUGAGGACCUGAUGAGACUGUCGGAGCUUGUUGGCGGUUUGGGAAUGGUGGCGGGCUGGAGGAUCAUCACUGAGCCGUCUCACAAACUGAACAUUUCCUGGUAGACUAAUCUGAUUCUGGGGAAAGCUGGGUCCCCAAACGUCUUUGAUGCCAUCCAAGGCUAUAGCGC